CACUAAUGGUAUACUGUAUUUCCACGUCACUAAUGGUAUACUGUAUCUCCUUGACUGACGUCAUGGGGGGGGGGAACACAAGGUAUAACUUGUAAAAAAAGUCAAACAUAUUAUGCUUUCUAUGUAAGAGGAUAAACAUAUGAUGCAGACAUAGCCUCAAAACUAGGAAUAAAAAAAUUGCAUAACGCAAGAGAUUGAGGUCUCUUAUUUAUAUGCAGAGCAAUAUAAAACCCUAAUGAAUUUUCUCAAAGCUCAGACAAAACAACCAGUUCAGAAAAAAAAAUGGCAGCAAGACAUCAACCGAGAGGAACAGGCUUAGAGGUUCAGUAUGAAGAUUUUGUCCCCAAAUACGAAUGGGAAGAUCAACCUGAAGCCACUAUUCUCACCAUUGAUCUUCCAGGUUGUUAUACAAAAUAAAUACAUAUAUAUAUAUAAUACAUAGGCAUCUUCAAGAAGCUUCUAAAACUUUAGCUAUGGAGAAGCAAGAGGAGAAAGAGAGAAUACGUAGGAAGCUGCAAGAAGAAGAAGCUAAAGCAAAAAAAGAUGGCUGAGACAAAGAAACUUCAAGAAGAAGAAAUAGCAAAAGAGAAGGCUAAGCAAAAAAGGCUUCUUCGGCUUCUAGAAAAAAAAAACAAGAUGGUUGACAGAAUUAAGGCAAGGAGGCUACAAGAAAAAGAGAUUGCUGAGGCAGAGAAGCUUGAAGAAGAAGCCAAAGCAAAAGAGAGAGCCGAGGCAAGAAAUCUUCAAGAAGCAGCCAAAGCAAAAGAAAUGGCAGAGGCGAGGAAGCUUCAAGAAUCAGCUAUAGCAGAACAUAGAGCUGAGGCAAGGAGGCUUCAAGAAGAAGCUAAAGCAAAAGAUAUGGCUGAGGCAAGGAAGCUUCAAGAAGCAGCUAAAGCAAAAGAGAUGGCCAAGGCGGAGAAGCUUCAAGAAGCAGCUAUAGCAAAAAAGAGAGCUGAUGCAAAGAGACUUCAAGAAGAGACUGGACCAAAAGAGAUGGCCGAGGCAAGAAAGCUUGAACAAGCAACUAAAACAAAAGAGAUGUCUGAGGCGAAGAGGCUUCAAGAAGAAGCUAUAGCAGAAGAGAAGGCCGAAACCAGGAAGAUCCAAGAAGAAGCUGCAGUAGAGAGGAAGAUCCAUAAGAACAAUGUGGAUAAAUCUGUAAGAAAAGAGAAGAUGCUAAUGUCAGAAAAGGAGAAGCUUCUGGAACUGAAGGAAGCCUCCAGAACUGGACUACAUAAAAUCCGAUCCUGGUUCAAGGACCAAAUGUGUGUCUGGAGCAAGCGGAAAACUAGGUUACUUGUGGAGAAAAAAAAAAAGAAGAAAAAACGUGAAAAUGGAUAAUGGAGAAAAUAAGGAAAAGAGAAGUAACAAGUGAAAAAAGAAGAGGUUGAUGAUGGUAAAUAUUAGGAGUGUAUACUCUUGUUAUCUUUUGCUCUCGGAGCUUACAUUUCUUAUCUGUUUAUCAUCAUCACCUUCUUUUCAUCUUCUUCUUAUUCAUUCUAUGUUGGGGGAGGGGGUGCUAUUAAUUAGACUUUAUAAUUGUGAUAUGUUCUGAAUCUACUAAAGUUUGGUGAUGCCAAAUUUACAUUAGCACAAGAUUCACAUAUACAUUUAAAAAAAACUUCUUUGAAAUUUGGUGGGAAUCUGUUCUCGGUGGUAAUGAAGUUUGGUGUUUUGUUCUAUUUAUUGUUCUAUAAUUUGAAUGGAAAGAGUUUCUCUCUUUUAUUUUGAUACUAGAUUUUAAUCUACGUUUUUAAAACU